GCUGCGAUUGGCAGGCGCGGUCUGUCCCGUGACGGAGAGAGUCGCCCAGCGCCCGAGAUCACAUGACUCCGCUUAGCAACAGCGCGGGCUUCCUUAGCAGCGAGCCCUAGUGCCCACGGUGUGGGGCGAGCUGGCCGGGCCCCCGAGCGUCCCGGGGGAUCGCGUGGCCGCCUUCGCCUGGGCCUUCGCCGGCUUCUGCGCCCUCCGCCUGCUGGGCAUGUUGGGCCCCGGCUGGCUGGCGAGCGGGCCGAGCUUCUAGGGAGGUGGCAGUGGCAGGCUGGGUGGGUGAUGGGCGGGCGGGUGUGGGGCAGGCUGAAUGGACAGGUGGCUGCGGGAUAGGCUGGGCAGGUGGCUGGGGGGCAAGUGAGUGGAUGGUUGCAUGGCAGGAUGGGUGGCAAUUGGGCAGGUGGCUGGGGGGCAAGUGAGUGGAUGGUUGCAUGGCAGGAUGGGUGGCAAUUGGGCAGGUGGCUGGGGGGCAAGUGAGUGGACGGUUGCAUGGCAGGAUGGGUGGCAGUUGGGCAGGUGGCUGGGUGGCAGGCUAGUCUCACGCGCCCGUGUGUAGAUUUCCUUCCCCGUCCCCCAGUCUGAGUGAGGCCGGAAUUUGCCGCGUCAGAUGGGCGUUUAAAGUUUAGAAACCUGUUACUGGUCAUUCUCACAUGCACGUUCUACCAUCUCUUGACAGGUACGUCGAGUCUUAUUCGGAGGUAAAAUUCACCUGUGUGGAGGCCCAACGUAGAGCCUGGCCUGUUUCAUGUGAAAAUGAGUCGGUUAUACGAUACCAUAGAGCCAAAUGUGAUUGAUGAAGAGCUGCUUCAAAAAGCUGUGGAAGAGCAAGGGCCCCAAGAGGAAUUAGGACAGCUUGCCAAAAGGGAAGGCAUUGAUUACAAAGAUGUCUUAGAGCUACAGCUUGAUUUUAGAAAUUUGUCCUUCAACAAUAUUGAAGUCAUUGAAGGUCUGGAGGCUCUGGUUAAACUGCAGGACUUGAGCCUCUACAAUAAUAGAAUAUCUAAGAUUGAGAAUCUGGACACGCUACAAGAACUACAGGUCUUCUCUAUAGGAAACAAUAAUCUAACUGCUUUGGAAAAUGUGGUCUAUCUCCGGAAGUUUAAAAACCUACGCACAUUGAAUCUCACUGGGAACCCUGUCUGCGAAAAUGAACAAUAUUCAAUGUUUAUUGCCGCUCACCUUCCAGAUCUGGUGUACUUGGACUUCAGGCUUCUGGAUGACAACACACGAGAACUUGCAGAAAUAAAAUAUCAGUAUGCCAUUGAUGAGCUAAAGCAAGGGGAAGCUCAGGCCCUGGCUAAGCUGGUGGAAGAGCAGGCUAAGCAGAAAGAGUUGGAGCACCACACGGCUGCUUACGUCGAGUACCUGAAUGGAUCCUUCUUAUUUGAGAGUAUGUAUGCAGAAGAUACAGAAGCUGCCAGGCUGGCUUACCUCCCUGGAAUGGCUGACCUGCUGGAGACAUACAAGAGUAAAUUUGUAUUAAUUUGUGAGAAUCUUUUUGCCUAUGGUCUGAAAGAGCAUGAAAAGCGACAAGCUGAAGUCUCAACCUUCUACGAGUGCCUUCAAGAAGCGAUACAGGACAGUCAACAACAGGGCACAAAAAUAAUCCUAGAUUUUGAAAAUGACAACCAGGGGCAGUUGGACGUCAUUCAAAACAUGAGUAAUUUUGAGAUUGCGGACUUUAAACUCGUAAAGUACAAUGAGGACAUCAGUCAGCUGUCGGACACACUUAUGACCCUGGAAAUGCAGACGGUUGACCAGCUAGAGGAAAUAAUAAAGGAUUUUGAAAGAAACAUUGCUGACCAGGUGUCAACAUUUAUUGAGAACGUCCAAGGGAUGAUGGCUCAAUGCCGGGAUCUAGAAAAUCAUCACCACGAGAAACUGCUGGAGAUCGCAAUCAACACGCUGGAGAAGAUAGUCAAGAGCGAGUUUGAUGAGGAGAUGCCAGAUGAUGCUCGACUGCUUUUUGUGGACAAAGACACCAUCGUCAAUGCAGUGAACGCCUCCCACGAUAUCCACCUGCUGAAGAUCGAUAACAGAGAGGAUGACAUCAUCACCAAAGCCAAUAGCUGGUCCUCUUCGGUGAUUGAGGAGGUUCACAAGAACGAGAUCAGCAGAAACCGCAACCGUGUGAGAGAGAUUAAUCAAUACAUUGACCAUCUGCAGGAGGAGCUGGACAACAUGGAAAGCCUGGAACAGAUGGAGUAGGCCAACAGUGGCUCCCCUGUUAGGACACAGGCCUUGGUGAGGCGCACCUGUUAAUCACCAUUUCCGACAGCCCCCAUGUAAAUACUCACUGAUUGGGGAUGUUUCAUCCUGGGGUGUGAACCCUCCCCCCCUCCCCGAUCAUAUGCAAAUAAAAAUACCAGUUUAGUUUGGAAAAGUU